GUUUAAUUUAUGUGUAAAAGUUUAACUUGAUACGCCAACAGAAAGUGCUAUUGAGUCUUUUUAACGCUCAAGUUACCAUGUCCCGCCUCGUUUUCAAAAAGAGGUUGGACAUGCCACAAAUCUUUAAAUCAGAAUAGCAGGUUGUUUACUUGCUGCAUUGUUUCGAAAUUUUCUUUGUUUAUGCCAUUUUUGAUUAGGGAUUCAAAUCAGUUGUCCGUUUUUCAUAAAACUCAACAGAAAAAGUUGCGGCAUAUCAAAAGAAUAAGUCUCAGAAAGGUUAUUAUUAUUAUUUUUCCUUCGCAACUAAAAAAUAUAAACUGCGUGCGUUAUGCGAAAAUACAUAGAACAGCAUUGUUGUGACACCCUCCUCCGUUCUUAUUUUUUUAUUAUUAUUAUUUUGUUGUUGUUCCGACCAUACAUUCUUAUUUUCCAUGAACUUUCAUUAACUCGGACAUUCGCUAAUUUAACAUUCGCUAAUACAAGCAAAACAUACAUAGAAAAAUAUGCUUGUCGUUGUUGUUUUUUAUUUUUUUGUUGUUCCGACCAUUUAUAUAUUCUCGAUAAAAUUAUUUUUAUUUCGCCGACCGACAGACCGUAAACUACUAUCUACUUCGCGCCUAUAAAACAAGUAAUUAAGUUGGAGUCACCUUAUUUCUAAAAUCCAACUUCUAAUAAAAAUACAAGAUGCAAAAGAAUUUUUAAAUGUUAAAGAUUGAUUUUUAAAUGUUCAAGAUUAGGUAUACAUAUCUAUUGUUUAAUAUUUUUAAUGUUAUUUACGAUCCAUCGCGACAAUCACGAUUAAUAGUGACGAUCGCGAUAGCAUCGUUAUUUGUUUAUACAUCGCAACUAUCGUGAAGCUCUUCGUUAACACUUUCUCUAUCGCGAUGGUCACGAUAGGAUCGCGGAUCGUUCGUGUCUUGCAUGAUACGUGCUCACGAUGUAAGGUUUCCUGAUUCCAGUACUGUAUGAAAGAGGACUACUCACUCUCCUACUAUUCAUCUGUUGACAAUGCGGUAAAAUUGUGAAAAGGUGAUGUAGAUAUGGCUAAGUUGGACAUAAUCAUGCCUUCAGACUGUGCCCUGUGCAUCCUAGUGAUUGGCACUUAUUAGGUUAUGAGCACAGUGUUGGUUUUGAAAAGUACCUUGCACUCAAAGGAACCAAACUAGGGCCUUUUAAGUUUAGUGACAGACAGUUUGUUACCUGGAAGUUUGUUUCCCCAUUUCUGACAAUAAGCUUGACCAAUAAUAUUACCAUCAACAUGCAUAGUUUUUGCAUUGGUGAUGCUUCUGAUGCAGGUUCAUGUGAAAUACCCGAGGUAUGUUCACCUGUCAGACAAUGUUUUAACAGAAUGGUUCAGUGGCAUAGCAAAGCCUAAUGGAUUGACAAAAACUGGGACAUUAAGUCUGUCUGACAGAGAUAGGGUUAAGUAUUGUAAGUAUAGAGCGUGUCAAUUCAUGUCGGUCUGUUCUAAUGAGACACGUGUAAUUGUCAUUAAUUUUCAGGUGGUGUUAUUGUCUUGUCUGUUACAAUGUCAGUAAUUUAUUUGUUACAAGCACAAGUUUAGAAUGGUCCUUUGUCACAAGUUCCUCGCCAGGAGUCCUAGUCAGGAAUUCUUCAUCAAAAGUCAGUCACAGCAUGAAUUAUGGAAGAAAUAGUAGUAGAGUUAGAGAAAAUAAGAGGAUCGAAAAUAAUGACUUUGGAAGAAGUUGUAAACAGUAUCUUGAAAAAAAGUUGUUUACAGCAGAAUUGUCUGAAUAAUGAGCAACUUCAUUUGAUUGUGGCACCACUGUUGUAUCGAUUUGAUGACAUCCUAAAUUUUUUUCAGUUGUCUGAAAUCACUUCAAACUAUUGUUCUUGUGAGAUCAAAAUACUUCAGUACUGUUAUAAAAAUAUUACAGAUUCCAAUAAAGAUGUAAACAAAGGAAGUUACGUUGCUUUGUGCGAGCUGAUCAUUGCAUAUCCUGAUAAAAGGUAUCCUUUAACAGAUAAAUACGAUGCUGUGAGCACUGAUGCAUACGAGUUAAACAUGAGGAUGAACCCAGUUGUGAUGAGGCAGUGCUUGCUGUUUUAUCUACAUGUUUUAUAUCCAGAGUUAGAGGUGGGUGAUAACAACUUGAAGGAGUUGACAAAGUCUUCCACUAAUGUAUCACAACUGCAGACUUAUUUAAUAAAAAAGACCACACCUAGAUUAUUAGUCACGGUUUGUUCUCGUCUUGGAAAUUUUGAAUGGGUUAAUGAUAACUUAAAAACUUUAUGCAUCGACAUAAUUAAUCUUGUUUGCGCAUGCUCUAAUGCAAAGAAUAUCUCUGUACUGUUAAUUGGAGAUGAUGAGAAUGGGAAAACAUUUUUCCCAAAUGGUGUUUUCCAGCAUUUAUUGAAUGAAAUUAGUAUUUCGUUUAAAAUUGAUAUAUGGAAGAAAAAUCUGCCUAUCAAGCAUGCAUUGGUGUGGUUUCUUACAAAAGUAAAAUAUCCUCAUCUUGGUGCUUACAUUAUAAAUGUUGUCCCAACUUUGCUAAAACUUGCUGAUGAUUAUUCUACUGAAAACAAAGUUCUUGGUAUAACUAUCAUUGAUUACGUUAUUCAAAAUGUAAACCCAGCUGAUUUGCGAUUGUACAAUCACGCAGACGUUAUAUAUGAUGCUUUUUUCACACAGCUGUAUUCAAACAAAGAUAGCAUUUAUGAAGUUUUAUUACCAUGUUUGUUGAAAAUAUUAAAAGUACUUCAUUCUAAUAUUGACAUUGUAGAAGGAAUCAAGUUUUCCAGAUGGGAUCUUACCCUUGAGAAAAUUCUUCAGAACUUAGACCUUGCUAGUUCCACGUCAACAAAAAUAAUUUUUUUGAAAAACUUACCCUCUUAUAUUAACGGUAUGGCUGGAAAUGUUAUCAAGCAUGUUGAUAGAAUUGUGUCAGUAUCAAUUUUAUGCCUGGAAGAUCAAUCUGAACAUGUUCGAUUGCUUGCCUUAACUGUUAUCAUCACAACCGCUAAAGUAUGCUGGCCGGUAUUUUCAAGAUAUCAACUAGCCAUUUUGAAAGGGAUUGUUAAAUUGUUAGUUGAUGUUAACACUUCUAGAGAAUUAAAAUUGGAAAGUAAAUGUAAAUUAGAAGACAAGGCAAGAAAACUUUUACAGCACAUGAGAGUUUGCAGUGGUGACAGCUUUGAUAAAUUGUUGUUACCGUUAACCGACACAAAUGUUGACCGUAAAUUUCUUAAUAUACAUUUGUUCAUUAAAACUGUGUUACAAAAAGAUUGUAAAACAAUAGAGUUAUAAUUCUUUAAAUGCCUUUAGGACAGUAGUUUGUUAAUGGAUACCUUUUUCUUACCAGGUUAAAAGCUAUUGUAUUGUAUAGGUGUAAACCUUCAGGUAAUUAAUAUCCACAGAUAACUCAUUUUAAGAAUAAAUUUUAGUUUUAAUAUAGAUAUAUAGUACCAA